AUGUGGUUACAUGUUGACAAACAAAAUUGGAGAUUUAUUGUCAUAUGUGGUUUGUAUAACCAUGAUUUGUGUGAUAAGUUAGCGGGUCAUCCAAUUGUGUGUCAGCUCAUGCCGGAAGAGAAAGAAUGUGUUGUUGACAUGACAUUGAAUUUGGUUAAGCCGAAAAAUAUACUUGCAACAUUGAAACGGAAAAGACUUGAAAAUAUAUCAAAUAUCAAGCAAGUGUAUAAUAUUCGGUACCAAACUAACAAGGCGCUUAAAGGGGAUAGAAGUGAAAUGCAACAACUCUUACAACAAUUUGAUGAUAAUAGUUACGUGUCUACGUACCGAAUAUGCAAAGAUGGAGUUAAUGUUAGAGAUAUAUUUUAUACUCAUCCUGGUUCCAUAAAGUUGUCCAACACGUUUCCUACGGUGCUCAUACUUGAUUCAACGUAUAAGACCAACAAGUAUAAGCUUAUAUUGUUCGAGAUGGUUGGUGUUAUCUCAAUUGAGAAGACACAUUCUGCCAAUUUGCAUUUCUAG